AUGCUGACGAAACUCACCAUCAUCACCGCCCUCCUGGCCACCAGCCAGGGUGUCUCGGCUGUCCCGGCGAGUCCGGAGCUGUACAAGCAGAAGCGUGAUGUCGUCGUUGUCACCAAGGUCGAGACGGUAACCAAGCACGUGCCGACCGCCAACGCGCACCCGAACGGUUUUGCUGCGUGGCUUAAUCCAUUCGCACACAAGCCGGCAGGGCAGAAGGAUAACAAGCCUCAACCGACCAAGAAGCCGGAGCCGUUCAAGAAGCCAGAACAGCAUCCUCAGCAGCAGGGCAACGCGCAGCCGUUGAAGAAGCCGGAUCAGCAAGGUAAUGGAGAUGCCAAGCCGAACCAGGAGGGCAACUCCAAGCCGUUCGCUGGGUUUCCGAUCAAGCGACCAGUCGCUCCAGGCUCUUACCCUGAGGCUGGUGACAUUGGUGCUGGGAGUGGCAGUGGGAGUGGAACAAGUACCGGUAAUGGUAACAACAGUCCUGGCUCAGGCACAGGCGGCUCACCUCCAAGCUAUCCAGGCAAAUUCAACUACAAGAAUACCGUCCUCCACCACCACAACAUCCACCGAGCGAACCACUCAGCGGCCGCCCUGACUUGGUCCACCGAGCUCGCCGCCACUGCUGCGAGGAUUGCUGGUAGCUGCGUGUAUGGUCACAACACGACAGUAGAUGGCGGAGGGUAUGGUCAGAACAUCGCAGCAGGCGUACCAAAGACGCGAGUCUCGGACAUUAUCACGAACAUGUUCUACAACAACGAAGAACCAUACUUUGCCGGCCUCUAUGGUCAGGACAAGCCAGACAUGAGCGACUUCCACCACUGGGGCCAUUUCUCGCAGAUCGUGUGGAAGAAAACGACGAGCGUGGGCUGCGCUACGCAGGAUUGCAGUGCUAAGGGCGGGUUGAAGGGCGUGGGGAGCGGCGUGAUGCCGUUCUUUACGGUGUGCAAUUACAAGAGUCCGGGCAACAUUGCUGGUGGGUAUGGGGCGAACAUUGGCAGGCCGAAGGGGCGGCCGACCGUUUAUGGGGAUUAUUAUGCAAUUAAUACGUUCGCGAUUCCCAAGACUUCUCAUUCGUUGUAA